AUGAAUUGCGCCUCCAGACUGUCUCUGGUGAGUACUUUUUAUUAUAUGAACAUUUGGGACGGAGAUUCAUUGCGAUGAUAAUAAAUACAAUACCAUUUGAAAAACGACUUGAAUCCUCAUAUCUGACUAAGAAAUCGAGUACGGAUCUAUUCGAUACCUCCUAUGAGAACUUCUCAAAAACUUGAACAAAUUUUUAUGAAUACGUAUGUCCAUCAUUCUCAUCCGAUGCUAACUUAUCCAGCGCAUACUUUGAUUACGUCAGGUGUAUCUAGUCGUCUUUCUCCUAAAACCCAUCAUCUUUUCCUCAUUUCCAUCCCAUUCGUCACUUUGAUUACAGCUAUUCGCUUUGUUCGGCACCGCCAUCGGAUGUCUACCGGGUCUUCCUGGGGCCGGUGGAGGUGGAGGGGGAUGUUGCAGUCCUGCACAACCUGCUUGCGGCUCUCCGUGCGGUGGCUUAGCACCGGCGCCUGCUCCAGUCUAUGCGGCAGCUCCAUUAGCUCCUGCUCCUUUCGCGGCCUAUCCCCAAGCUCCUCCACCUCUACCGCCACAAGCCCUUUUCCCACAACAACAAUUCGGAGGAGGAGUCUUCCAACCGCAACUGCCAGUUCAAGGUGGAUACGUGGCAUCUGCUCAGGGCGGAAACUUCCAAACGGGAGCCGUCCAGUCGGGAGGAGCUGUUGCCGCAGGAGGUGCUUACCUUGCCGAACCAGUCCACCAAGUACAGCCGUUGCCAUUGCUAGGACAGCCCGUGGCUUACGAGGUAAGGUUCCGCGUCGUUGACUUCCGAAUGGGUGAUAACCGGUAAUCGGUUUGCAGAAAACAGUAGUUGUUGCGCCGACGCAGGAGGAACAAGCAUUGAACACGGCCCAGGUUCUGACUAAAGUCUUGCCAGCUAGCGCCGUUCUCGAUGAGCACUUCGUUGAGCCGGCUUCUGCCAACAACGUGAGUAGAAGAAGACGUAGCGGUUGGGUUGAGAUGGGUGCUUUUAGAUUGUGUCCUCGAUCAUCUCACAGACGUCAUACGGAGACGAAAGCCAGCAGGGAACAGUGUUCAAUGCUCAGCCAGCUCACGGAUCCUCUUCCUCUUCGUCCGCUUCUUCUUCUGCUUCCACUUCUGCCGAACAUCACGCUGCUCACCAAGUGAGAGUUCCAUCUGCCUCCUCCUCGAUCGAAGCGAGCGAGCGUGUCCUUCCGGACGUGGUUGCCGUGAAGCAGGUCAUCCAGACUCUCGAGACCACCCCAUACCCGGAACAAGUUGCCCUCCAAACUGCUGCUCCAUACGUCCCGCAACCAGCUCAACCAAAACAGUCCAGCUACUUGGCUCCAGAGACCCCGACAGUUCAGCAAACCAUUGUCGAGACAGUGCAGCCAGUUGAAACGAUCGAGACAGUCCGCACAGUCGAGCCAGUCCUCACAAUCCAACCAAUCCAACCAGCUCCUCUUCAGGCAGCUCAACAUGUCCCAGUUGCUGUCCAACAAGCCACUCAGGCUCCAGUAGCCCAUAUCGUCCCAGAAACAGUUCGUAAGAGCGAAAAACAAAAAUGACAUAGCCCAUUUCAGAAGGUCGUGGCUGUGGAAGAUCGCAUUGAAACCCCAGUUGGAUCUGACUAUGACCAACCGACAAACAUUGCCACCAACGAGCAAGCAACUGUGAACGAGCUUCUGGCUACCGUAUGUCCUCCUGGAGUCAUCGCAUUUCAUCGUCCUUUUUAGCUCGACACUGUCAACCCUACCGUCGCCAGCAACCUGGAUUUCAACCAAGUCACCGUUGAGCCACUGCCCAACCAGCCGGCCAUCAUUCAAACCGAAGGAGACGACUACGAUGCUCCAUUGAACGAGGACCGCAAAGAUGUUCCAACUCCGGAACCAGCUCGCAGCGCCGUCGUCACAUCGGCUCCGCAGCCAGUGGCCGUUGUUCCAGAGGAGACUGCUCCCAUCAUUCCACAGCCGAUUCAACAGAUUCGGCCAGUGCAAACCUACCAGCCAAGUACUGCUGCGCCAGCCGUCCAGACUACCGUCGGAUACGUCGAGCCACCGAAGCAGCAAGUGCAUCUGCAGCCAGUCGCUCCAGCGGUCCGUGUAGAGAUUACAACUGCUGUGCCGGCUCCAACGCCAGCUUUCGAACUGCCAGUGGAAGUGCACGAGGUUGUGACCCCGCAAGUUGCUCUACAGCCGGAGCAAGCGACCAUUCAAACUAUCACCGAGCAGCCAGUGGCCGAAGUCACCGUCGAAGUGCUGCCGACGUCCGCCGCUCCAGUCUCGCAAUUCUUCGAGAACAUCACUUCUCGCGAAGAAACCAAGGAAAUUCCAUCUCAGGUAAGCGUUCGUCGGUUCAGUUUGCAUGGUUAAGUUCCACCUCUCACAGCCUGAGCCAGCUGCGGCACAGACUGCAGCUCCAGCACAAGUCAUCAGUGGAAACGACUACGACGAGGAGAAGUCGGUUGAAAAUAAGGUAAAUUGAGGAAAGAGCACACACACUUAUUCACUUUGAACUUUGCAGGUUUCCACGGAAACCGAAGUUGUGCCAAGCCUCGCAGGAGGGGAAUACGGCAGCAAGUUUGCGAAGGUAAGUUUCACCGAACGCAUUCAGUUCAGGAGAAAUGUCACAGAACACGUUCGUGACGUAGUCACAGUUACACCGUUGUUUUAUGAAACAGAUGUAUUCUUUCUUUACAAUCACAAUCACCAAGUUAAGAUAGGAAAACCAAUUUUGAGUUCACAUUCCAUCCAGCACAUCCAGAAGAACCCAGGCGACAAUAAAUUGGUUUCAGGUGCAGGGAGCUGGAACCAAGCAGGUCAGCGAGCCGAUCGAAAUCGAAACGAUCGAGAAUGCGAACCCGUACGGAAGGAAGUACUGGAUCUUCUAA